AUGUCACAUUUAGCAAGUGAAAUAACGGAAACCAUGGACGUUUCUGAAGAAAAUGUGCUUGUGUCAUCAGAUGAAAUGGUCCUGAUGCAGACAGCUCUGACGGAUAUUAAAAGUCCAGAAACAUCUGAAACUCAGUCUGUGCGACUUAUAUUAGAUUCGGGAUCUCAUCGAACAUAUAUCACUGAAAAACUAGCAAAUAGGUUACAUCUCAAAGAAACAGGGGAACAGGAAAUCAAACUGGUUACAUUUGGGAGUAACAGUACGCAACGUAUAAGAAGAAAGUGUUCUAAUAUCGAUGUAAAACUAAAAAAUGGAACGCACAUCUCAGUUAGUGUGAAUAUUGUUCCACCUAUUAGUGGUCAGUUAGUUACAUCGCAGUCCAGAUCUAAGUUAGGAUGGAUUCUGACUGGCAGAACUAAUGAUCAAGACACCAAUGACGGCCCGUGCAUGCUUAUUAUUACGCACGGUAAAGGUUUUACAAAGACAAGUUUGUUCACCAAUGUGGAUGGUGUAGUACCUGUGAAACGUGAUCUAGAGGACUUUUGGAGAGUAGAGUCCAUUGGUAUUUUAGAUAAACAAAACACUUCCGACGAUGAAAUGGCCAUGAAAAUGUUUCUAGAUUCUCUGCAGUUUGAAAAUGGACGUUAUCAGGACACAUGGCCUUGGACUGAGGAAUGUCCGAAUUUACCAGUAAACAGAGAGCCGGCUGUGGGUCGUUUGAAAAGUUGUGUAAACAAAAUGAAAAACAAACCUGAUCUGUUACAGAAAUACGAUGCAGUGAUGAAUGAUCAACUGAGCAAGGGUGUUAUUGAGAAAGUAGAACAGUCAGAAACAGAUGGAUUGGUACAUUACUUACCUCACCAUGCGGUUAUUACACCACAAAAGGCAACAACAAAGAUACGAGUCGUAUACGACGCAUCCGCAAGAACACGAAAAGAAAACUAA